AUGGCCGUCGCCGGGAUCAAGCUCCGGAUGUACGUCUUCGACCGCAAGGGCGAGCUCUGGGACGAGAUCCACCUCCCCGGGAAGGAGAACGUCAACCGUCCGUCCGUGAUGUCCGUCGCGUGGGACGCGCGAUCGCAGAAACUCGCCGCGCUCGUCGCGGGCCCGAAGGCGGGCAUGGGCGACGCCGUCAUCGUGUAUCACGUGCGCAACCGCGAGAGCAUCAAGAUCGAGCACGCGCACGACAAGCAGGACGUCACGCACCUGUGCUGGGAUCCCCCCGGGCACGUGCUCGCCGCGGGGACGGUCAAGGGCAACCUCCUCCUCUUCGACGCGCGCGCGGGCAAGACGCGCAGCGUGCUCAAGGUGCACGACAAAAAGAUCACGUGCGGCGCGUGGAGCGACGACGGAAGACUCGCGAUGGGUGGCGAGGACAUGAGCGUGACGAUAUCCACCGCGGACGGCGGCGAGACGUCCACGCGGCUGAUGUUGAAAGGGUACCCGCUCGAGAUGCAGUUCGCGCCGGAGCCGCGGAGGGAGGGCCUCGGCGUCGCGUCGCGCGCGAAUCUUCUCAGCGUCAACUUGGCGGGAAAGACGCUGUACCUGUGCCGGCUCGGGGACGAUAAGGACGCGGACGCCCCGGUCGCGAGCACCCCGAUCGAGUACGCGUUCAUGAAGAGGUACGGCGCGAUCGUCUCUCACCGGUGGUUCGGCGAGGGCUUGGUGAUCGUCGGGUUCGACAGCGGCGUGAUCGUCGUCCUCGCCGCGCACGACGGCGCGCCCGGGAGCGAACGCGAACUCGACGUCUUCAAGGCGUUCCCGGACGGCGGGCUCGCGCACCUCGCGCACUGCCCGGAGAUAUCGCGCGUCGCGGUCGCCGCCGGCGCGGUCGUGAAGCUCUUGGACGUCACGAACGGCGUCUUCGCGGAACGUCCGGGGGACAAGCUCGAGUUCGAGGGCGACUUCGCGGCCGUCUCGUGCGUCGGGUGGAACAUGCGCGGGCAGAUGCUCACCGUGGCGACCAACCAAGGGCACGUGCACACCUUCUUAGCGUCCCUGCCGACGAUCGCGUGCGCGUGCGAGCAGCGGCUGGUGUACCUCACGUCGCUGGUGGAGGUCACCAUCGCGGAUCUGAACAGCUCGACCGUGGCGACGAUCGCCAUCGACGCGGAGCCGUCGUUCGUCGCGCUCGGCCGCGCGCACGUAGCCGCGGGGAUGAACAACCGCGCGUGGUUCUACCGCGUCGGGCCGCCCGAGGAACAGAUGUCGUACGCCGCGGAGCGCGUGAACCAGCGAGAGUACGUCGGGACGAUCGACGAGUGCGCGCUGAACGACGCCGUCGCCGCGGUGAGGUGCGAGGGACGGGUGACGUGUCAUCUCAUCGAGCACGAGGACGACCCGACGGAGAGCAUGGACUUCACGCUGCCCGCGCCGGGCGGGGGCGGCGCGCGGACGCCGACGGCGGAGGUGGCGUCGAUCGCGCUCACGUCCGAGUUUCUCGUGUACGGAACGACGAGCGGGGGGGUGUGCUACUUUCACCUCCCCGAGCGCGUGCACGUGUGCGAGUACAAGCACGGCCAGGGCGCGGUGACGACGCUCAAGGUGAACGCGUUGGGAACGAGGGUCGUCUUCGUGGACGAACGCGCGACGCCGAUUUUUUUGAACCCGGUGAUCGAUCAGACGUGCCACAUCCCGGACUUUCAAGGCCCCGCGCAGGCCAUCUUGUGGGACGCCACGGACCCGGAGUGCUUCGUGAUAAGCAACGGCGCGGAGUACCAGGUGUACGCGUACGCCCCGAGCACGAUCAACGGCCCGGUCGUCGAGCUUGUGGGGACGCACCCGCAGACGGCGGGGUCGACGCCGGUGUUGAUGACGGGCGGCGUCGUCGCGUGCCAGACCGCGGGCGGGGGGAUGAAGAACGAGCUGCUUCGCACGCACGCGGCGCUGUUAGACGGCGCGUCCACGAGCGGGGGGGGGAAGGGCACCGCCGGCGACCGCGGACGCGAGCGGUUCGUGCGCGCGCUGAACUUGAACCGCCUCGAGGUUGCGUGGGACAUCGCGGUGCGGCUGCAGACGCCGGAGAUGUGGGAACAGCUCGCGCAUCGCGCGAUGACGCACAUGAACAUCGACAUCGCGACGCGCGUGUAUCGGUUCGUCGGCGACGCGAGCAUGGUGAUGUCUCUGGAGAGGCUCGCGCACGUGGAGGAUAAAAACGUCCUCGCCGGGAACGUUUUAAUGCUCUUCGAGAGAGACGACUGCUACGACGCCGCGCAGGAGCUCUUUUUACGCGCGAACAAGCCGAACCUCGCGCUGGAGAUGCGUAAAGACCUGAAACACUGGGAAGAAGCGCUCGCGCUCGCGCAGCAGGCGGACCCGUCGCAGCUCGGAGGCAUCUGCCGCGAGUACGCGGUCGUGUUAGAGACGGAGGGCGAGCACGAGCGCGCGCUGGAGAUUUUCGAGCGCGCGUUGACGUACCCGGGUCAGACGGAGAGCGAGACGCUCAGAGCCAGAGGCGGCGUCGCGCGGUGCACGAUUCGCGUCGGCGACGUCCGCCGCGGGAAGCAGAUGGUCAGCGAGAUCGGGGACAAGGCGUUAUGCCGCGAGUGCGCGGCGUUGUUAGAGCACAUGAAUCAGCCCUCGGACGCGGCGGCGCUGUACGAGCAAGGCGGCGACGACGAACGCGCGGCGACGAUUUACGUCGGGGCGAAAAAUUUCGCCGCCGCGAAGCCGAUCAUGUCGCGGCUCUCCGCGCCGAAGCUGCACUCGCAGUACGCGCGCGCGAUGGAGGCGGACGGUAAGCUGCGGGAAGCUGCGGACGCGUACGAGCUCGCGCGCGAUUUCGACGCCGUCGUGCGUCUCAACUUGGAGCAUCUCGGGAACCCGUCGAAAGCGUUCGCGUUGGCGCGCAUGUCGCGAUCCGCGGAGGCGUCGCGUUCCGUCGCGACCUUCUGCGCGAAGAACGACGACCACAUCGGCGCCGUGGAAUUUUUACUCCUCGCGCGGAAGACCGAGGAGGCGCACGCGGUCGCGAGCGAGCACGACCUCGUGGACCGCUUCUUAGAGCUCCUGGGCAGCGAAGGCACGCCGGAGGAGUACAAGUCGCUCGCGCGGCGAUUCGACGCGAAACGAGAGCACGUCCGCGCGGGGGACGCGUUUAAACGCGCCGGGGACUACCGCGCGGCCGUGACGUCGUACCUCAGAGCGGACGACGGCGCCGGGAUCGAGUCCGCGAUCGGCGUCGUCGGCGUCGCGCGGGACGACGCGCUGACGAAUACGGUCGUGGACUUUCUCACCGGCGCCGGACCCGACGGCGUCGUCAAGGACGCGAACCAUCUCUUCAAGCUCCACAUCGCGCUUCGAAAUUACGAGCAAGCCGCGCGGACGUCGAUCCUCAUCGCGAAGCAAGAGCAAGAGAUGGGCAACUACAAGAUCGCGCACGCGCAGCUGUACGACACGCACAAGGAGUUCAACGCGGAGGGGAAGCGCGUCCCGGACGAGCUCACGACGAGCCUCGUCUUGCUGCACUCGUACGUGUUGGUGAAGGUUCUCGUGAAGCUCGGCGAUCACGUCGGCGCGGCGCGGAUGUUACACCGCGUCGCGAAGAAAAUCGACAAGUUCCCCGCGCACGUCGUGCCCAUAUUGACCUCCACGGUGAUCGAGUGCCAGCGCGCGGGUCUCAAGCGCACCGCCUUGGAGCACGCGACGACGUUGAUGAAGCCGGAGCUCCGCGCGCGGAUCGCCGACGCGUACAAGCGGAAGAUCGAGACCAUCGUUCGGAAGCCGGACAAGAGCGAGGAGGCGGAGUCCACGAGCGCGUGCGUGCACUGCGACGCGCGGGGGCCGGAGACGGAGUUGAGAUGCGGCGCGUGCGGGAAGGAUAACCCGUUCUGCAUCGCGAGCGGGAAGAGGGUGACGAGGGAGGACUGGGCGAGGUGUCCGGGGUGCGCGUUCGACUGCCGCGCGAGCGAGAUGGUACGCGUGCUCGCCAAGGAGGGCGCGUGUCCGAUGUGCGGCGUCAGGGCGAGCCUGAGCUCGAUCAAGGUGUUAGACGAUCCGAUGCGGGCGGCGCGGGAGAAGGCGGACGCGCGCGCGAACGAGGAGUAG